CUUCGCGUUUCAUCUAUUCCUUCUCCGAGACGACUGUAAGAUCUCCUAUGAGCCCAUCGUUCGGGACGUCUUUAAGGACGUUCACAUACAGACGAAGCAUUGAUACCACAUAUUAAGGACAUCUAGGCUAUGUGUAGCCUACAAUGCUGCAAAUCAAUGAGACCGAAGGAUCAGUUCUGUAAUUUAAAGAUAUAAAAACAAUAACAGCACUAUCCGUUACGACACCAUCAAGAGGUGUACAGUUUGCAGAAUCUACCCGAAAUCGUUCAACCCGUAGCUAUAUUAUAGGGAAAUCUUUAUGUUGUCCUAUUUUACCUUGUAGCGAAGAUUCUACGGGGAUUGACGCUGCAGACUUCGCGUGGGACGUUUCUAUUUGAUCUCUGCGGGUUAUUCUCCCCUCCGAAGACCACGGAUUACUUCUGUUCGCGGAUAAAUGGAUAUGGAAUAAUAAUAAUAAUACCCGUCGACGAGAUGACCAUGCUUUGAACCGCGGUGCUGCAUAAACUAUAACUUGUCUGGGGGGGUUGGCAGUUUCGCUUCGAAAUGGAUGAGUUUCAUCCGUUCAUCGAGGCCCUUCUGCCGCAUGUGCGUGCCUUCGCCUACACCUGGUUCAACCUGCAGGCGCGCAAACGCAAGUACUUCAAGAAGCACGAGAAAAGGAUGACUAAGGACGAAGAGCGGGCAGUGAAGGACGAGCUGCUGGGAGAGAAGCCCGAGGUCAAGCAGAAGUGGGCGUCGCGUCUGCUGGCCAAACUGCGCAAGGACAUCCGGCCCGAGUGCCGCGAGGACUUUGUGCUGUCCAUCACGGGGAAGAAGCCCCCCUGCUGCGUCCUCUCUAACCCUGACCAGAAGGGCAAGAUGAGGAGGAUCGACUGCCUGCGUCAGGCCGACAAGGUAUGGAGGCUGGACCUGGUCAUGGUCAUCCUGUUCAAGGGCAUCCCGCUGGAGAGCACGGACGGAGAGCGCCUGGUCAAGGCUGGGCCGUGCAACAACCCCAUCCUCUGUGUCCAGCCACACCACAUCAGUGUCUCGGUCAAGGAGCUGGACCUCUACCUGGCCUACUUCGUACAGGAGAGAGAGUCAGAGCAGAGCAGUAGCCCACGCACAGGUAUUGGGUCAGAUCAGGAGGAUAGCAGAGCUGCCACCAUGGAUGCUCCUGAGUUUCAGGAAAGCUUUGUGACAUCAGGAGUUUUUAAUGUAGCAGAGCUGGUGCAAGUGUCCAGAACUCCGGUGGUGACCGGGGCAGGCCCUAACUUCUCCCUGGGGGAGCUGCAGGGGCACCUGGCCUACGACCUCAACCCCUCAGGGGUGGGCAUGAGGAGGACCCUGCCUAGUACCUCCUCCAGCGGGAGUAAGAGGCACAAGUCGGGCUCCAUGGAGGAUGAUGUGGACACCAGUCCUGGAGGGGAGUACUACACCUCUCCCAACUCCCCGGCUAGCAGCUCCCGCAACUGGCAGGAAGACCUGGAAGGAGGCAUGUCCCCUGGAGUAAAGAAGACAGAGAUGGACAGCCCGUCUCCUCAGGAGAGCUCCCCACGUCUCGGCUUCACACAGCACCACCGGCCCGUCAUCGCAGUGCACAGUGGGGUCUCUCGGAGUCCGCACCCUUCCUCGGCUUUGCAUUUCCCCACCACCUCCAUCCUGCCCCAGUCCACCUCCUACUUCCCCCACACCGCCAUCCGCUACCCGCCACACCUCAGCUCCCAAGACCCGCUGAAGGACCUGGUCUCCCUGGCCUGUGACCCGUCCAACCAGCAGCCCAGCCCAGUGAGUCCAGCCCAUCUAACAACUCUAACUAGGGCCCCGAGUUUGUCCUGGUCAGGUCAUUUGCUGAAUGGCAGUGGUCAAGUGAAGUUGCCCAGUCACUACAUCUCCUCCCAGAUGCUGGCGCCCCCUCCGCCCCCCGGCAUGCCCCGUCUGACGCUGCCCUCCGACUCCAAGUCCAGCACCACCACCUCGGACGGGGGAGCCAACUCCCCCACGUCACCCAGUAAGUGGGCCGUUGCAUACUCAGCUCCAGGGACACCCCCUGCCAACCGCCCCUUUGUAGGGAUUGGACCUCGAGACCCUGGCGGACUCUACCAGGCACAGUCCUGGUACCUGGGGAACUAAACAACACAAGGAUAAGUGAAAAGGGCAAGGACACGUGGAUUUGAGAUUCAACACUUUUUGUGGAAUUAAGAAAAAGAAAAAAAGAGAUGCAAGAGGGAAAAUGUAUAUAUAUGCAGUAUAUAUACAGUAUGUAUAUAUAUAUAAAUAUAUGUGUGCAUAUAUAUUUAUAUAUGUAUAUCAACAUAAAAUGUGCUUCGUAAACACCUUUUUGGAAAAUAAAGACAGAGGGGGAGAGAGCAAGUCCAAGGAGAGAAAGAAGAUAGAAAGAGAAGAGGAUGUUUGGGCAGCCAAAAUGAACUGUGGGGCAGAGACAUGACCCCAGUACCCCCAUACCCCCGCCUCCCCCCCCGCUACAGGUGCUGCUUCUUCAUAUAUGCAAAAUAAGUAUCCUUUAUUUUCUUAAUCAACAAGAAAGAGAAGAAUUCAGUUCCUGUGAUCAGACUUUUCCACACUUCUUCUGGGACGGUAAUUCUUUUUGAAAGUAGGGAGGGGAGGCUGGUUGCACAUGGUCAAUAACCUCCCUUUACCUGCAGAAACAAAAGUCUACUUUUCAUCAAAUUUGAUAGACAAUCAUGUAGUUACUUCAUUUAAAGGGGGGGGGUUCAAGAUUUCCUUUAACACAGUCCAUUUGUUGGUCAUUUUUUUAAUAAACACUGAGCUACAGUGGCUUGCGAAAGUAUUCACCCCCCUUGGCAUUUUUCCUAUGUUGUCGCCUUCCAACCUGGAAUUAAAAUGGAUUUUGGGGAGGUUUGUAUCAUUUGAU